AUGCACGUUGAACUCCCUCCUUCCCACCUCCUCCAAGGCUCCUCCGACCCCCCGCUCUCAGUUCCUCCUCCUCAAACGCGCCAGAAGCCGGCUCCGCUAGCGGGACUCGCUGUGCAGUCCUUUGCAGCUUUUCGAGCACAAACGCCUUCGUUGCCCGCGCCCUCUCCAGUCCGACGAAAGCCGCUGCCUGCCAAUUCUCCGCAGACAGCUGCUCCGUUCCAUUCCGUCGACCAUACAGUGACAGCUAGAGCUGCAGAGCGGGCCAACGUCCAGCGGUCCUUCUCCCUCGACAGUCCCCCGCCCUUGGCUCUGCCGCGGGCAGACCGGGAUCUAUCCCCUCUCCUGAGCGGCGCGCAGGAACCCUUUGCGCCCCGAGACCUCGACAAAGACCCUCAUGGGAACACGCCAUUGAUCCCGCAGGCGAUAUCCACAUCUACCGACACGCGACUCCCGGGCCAACAAAGAAACCCGGGGCCAUAUGAGCCACAACUUGAACAAGCAAGUCCCUCGGAGAACAAAGCUCGACCACGGAAUGUCCGUGCGAUCAGCAGUUACCACACCGCCCGCUAUUCGAUAUCCGAUUCAGAGGAGAUUGCUCCCUCUCCAAGGCACUCGCGGUCCAACACCAUGUCAUCCUUGGAUUCGGCAAGACCAACAAGACCACCUGACCUGAAGCUACAAUACGACGGCAUCACCGAAGAAUUCCUAGACAAUCACUAUGAUCAAGGCUUGUCAGAAGCGGCUACUGCCGUCAACCAGCCAAAGUCACCUGGCGGAAGGUUCACCUCACUCUUCGGCUGGAGCAAAACGCCUGGCGCCGAGUCACCGAGUACGACAUUUUCUGAUCGAUCCGUAUCUCCAGCGCCUUCACUACGCAAAGCGGAGCCUUCCACCGAGAGGCUGUGGCCCAGCAACAAGCAUGCCCCUGCAGGCCUCGACGUAAAAAUGGCUAACGCCUCAUCUCAGCAAUCGUACUUCAACCUCCCUGGCACGCCACUGCUAUCCAGCUCUACGGGCAUGAACGCCCACGUCGAAGAACUCGAAUGCCAGCUCAAGGAGCUGAGCUCUCAACUCGCGACGUCCAUCCGCAGGGAGAUGGAGCUGGAAGAUGAAGUCGAGAGGUUGAACAUGGAAGGCCUCCAAUCAGUCCCCGAGGUGAACCGACGGACGAGCGACUAUUACUCGGAUUCUGGCGCCAGCUCUGUCAGACAACAUCUUGGCGACAGUGAGACCAAGAUUGAAGCCUUGGAGAGAUUGCGUAGGAAGGCAGAGCAAGAAAUGGCCCAGCUCAAAGUCGACACGGCAGAGAGGCUCCAGCAGGAGCUGCGACGGCGCAGGGAUUUGGAAGCGCGGGUACAAUCGCUGGAAGAGAAGCUUGAAUCUCGGGACAGCAUUCAGGCCGAAAUCUUGGAAGAGGCUGAGCAAGCACGCGGGCUAGAAGCUGUUCUUGACGACACUCGCCGGCGGCUGAGCGAAGAACGGCAAUUCAAAGAGAACUUCGAGGAGAUGCUGGCGGCUAUGCGUCAAGAGCUCCAAGAGUACAGGGACGAAAGGGACAACCUUCGUGAAGAGGUUGUUCCGCAGCUGCAAGCUAGAGUUGAAGGUCUCGAGGCAGAAGCUAUUGGUACUCAAGCUCUCACCUACGAGAACUCCCGUAUGCAGCAGCAGAUCCAGUCGCUCCAGCACGAGAACCAGGGUCUAGCGCACGCCCUGAGAUCGCAGCAAGACUCUCCCCAACAGGGCUCUCGCAUCGACUCUCUCCACGAAGAGAGUGAGACCCUCCCGCCGCUGAAGUCGCCCCGGAUAGGCCUGUCGAGGUCCAACUCGCUCGCCAGGACUUCAAUCCUUGGUCUGAAGCGUCUGUCAAGGUCUAACUCAGUUAAGGAAAAGAGCUCGUUAACAAGAUCGGGCUCUGUUAAGGAAAAGGUUGAGCGAUUAGAGCCUCGGGAUGCGCUUCACGACCGCACCAAGGACAUCGAAGACCAGCGCGACGCUCUGCACAGGGCCUUGCGGUGUUUGUUGCAGCGGCACGAGUACCAGGCGAGGGAGCAUGCGAAACAUAUCAAAAUCCUCGAGAUGGAACGCGACCGGGCGCUGAACGCCACGCCAAGACGCACAGCCUUCAACAAGGAGGUCACACAUUUGAGGGACGAAGUCAACCAUCUCCGCCGCCGUGCCGACGACGCUCUCGAGCAGAAAUGGCAAUGCGAAAAAGGGCUUAGCGGCCUGCGAAUGGACCUCGAUCGCGCUGAGCAAGAGACAAGUUCGCUUCGCGACUUACUCCAGGAACGUGACAUCUUCAUACCCGAGCGCAAAGCUUCCACGAGCUCUAUGACAGAGCUGGACACUGGCAAUCCAUCGGCUUCAUUGUCACUCAACAAGGCAUACAAGGAGCUGCAGACAACCCAUGCUCUCUCCCUGGCACGAAUUAGACAUAUGGAAGACGAAGGCCCGCUAGGCGAAACGAGUGCAGAAGCCGAGCGAACACUGGAUCUGUUGAGGCAGAGCAUUUCCGAUGCCGAAGUAGAGCGGGACUUUGCACGGCGGGAAGCCGAGGAAUAUCGACAACAAGCCCGAGCGCUCCAGCAGUCUGAGCUCGCGCACCUUGGCAAGGAACAGAGUCUCGCAGCAGAGCUCUACGCUUCAGCAGCCCGCAUGGAUGAGCUUGCAUCACAAGUACAGCAGCAGCUCCACUCCAAUCAACUGCUCCGGCAUCGACUUGCUGACGCAAUCGGCCGCGGCGAGCGAGAGCAGAAAUCUUCGGCGGCAAAGAUUGUUGACAUGCAGGGCAAGCUCAAGUCGCUAGAAGAUAAAGUUAUGGCUGCACAGCACCACUCAGAAGAGAUGGUCUCGCGUCACGAAGAGGAGCUUAAGGACGUCCAAGACAGCCACAACACACAGCUCCAGCGCAUGAAGAACGGCCUGCUCAGCCCCUCGAAGCCUUCACCGUUGACUCCGCUCUCGCCGCUUUUUGCACUCAGGCAACCCCGACUGGACAAAACGACCAGCGGCUUCGGCCAGUCCAUGGCCGAAGCGACGAGGACGGAGUUGCUGGAGAAGAGAGUCGGGGACCUGGAAAAGGCGCUCAGGGACGCGGAUCAUGAGAUGCAGGAGGUGGUGAGCAGGAUGAACAUUGCGCAGAUCGAGGUUGCGGAACUGCAGGCCGAGAAGGAUGAGGCGAUGAGACGGACGAGGAGGCUGCAGGCUGAGAUGCUGGCUGAGCGGGAAAAGGUCAGGGCUCUGGCUUCCUAG